GAUUUGACGUCCUUUCCUAGCACAGCCUCUACAUCACAGGAAGACCAUGAAAGCAAUUCAGGAUCCACGUCCUCCAGGAAAUUGAGAGUAACUCUGUUAAGCAGUGAAUGGAGAUCAACAAAAGGAGGCUUGUCAACCAUCAACCGAGAGCUGGCCAUUCAGUUGGCAAAACACCCCAGCGUGGAGGUCAGUGUUUAUCUUCCUCAGUGUAGUGAAGAGGAUAAACAAGUUGCAAGAGAUCACAAUGUCCGCCUCAUUAAAGCAAGAGAAAUGCCAGGCUUAGAACCAAAUUUCUGGUUGUCUUGUCUGCCAGAAGACCAUGCUGUGGACUGUGUGAUAGGACAUGGGGCUGUUCUUGGUCGGCAAGUUCAGUUUAUCAAGCGAACUCAUCCUUUCUGCAAGUGGAUUCAGGUUGUUCAUACUGCUCCAGAAGAACUUGGAAUGUACAAAGGAUAUGAAGAACGCAUUUCUCAAGGUGAAGAGAAACACCAAGUGGAGGUUGAACUCUGUAAAUUGGCUGAUCAAGUUGUAGCAGUUGGACCCAAGCUCGCUGAAGUUUUUUCAGGUUAUCUACGUCCCUUUGGAAAGGAUCAAGAUGUUCUCAAUCUUACCCCAGGCAUUUUCUCUGAGUUUGCUGAUGUGAAGCAAGCCUCUCAAGAAAUAGGUUCAUUUAGCGUUUUAGUGUUUGGACGUGGUGACAGUGAAGAUUUUCAGCUGAAGGGGUAUGAUAUCGCUGCCCAAGCCAUUGCUGAGUUGAAAGACAUGACCUACAAACUUGUGUUUGUUGGAGCAACACGGGGAGAAGAAGAUAAAGUAGCCGACCUGCUUCUCAAGCAAGGCAUUGAUCGCAGUCAACUGAGGGUGCGUCGUUUCAAUGAAAGCAGAGAGAAGCUAGCCCAGUUGUUUUGUGAGGUAGAUCUUGCUAUAAUGCCAUCACGAACUGAGGGCUUCGGUCUAGUUGCCCUUGAGGCUUUAUCAGCUGGUCUGCCUGUGUUGGUCAGUGGGAACUCUGGUCUUGGCGAGGCUUUGAAGAAAGUUUCGUUUGGUUCAAACUGUGUUGUGGAGUCGGAAAAUCCUAAAGAUUGGGCCAAUGCAAUCAAAGCUGUUCGUCAAAAAGACAGAGAGAUGCGACUUGACGAGUGUAAAACCCUCCGUAAAAAAUACGCUAAAAAGCACAACUGGCGAGAUGACUGUUAUAGACUUGUGGAACAAAUGUUAACCAUUUCUGAAGGUACUUUCUGCACAUUUUACAUGCAUGUAAUGUGUUCACAAUUGUUUUUUAAGUUGAUUUUAUGCUGUUAACUGCUGCGUUUGGAAAUUUACGAAGUUACGCAACUACAUGUACAAUGUAACUAGUACACGUAUUGAAAACCUGAGUAACACAGUGAGUUAUGUAGGAUUAAUUCACGAUCAUUCAAAUUUCAUCGCAAUUUUGCCAACUUGCAAAUUUGUUAAUCCGUGCAUGUGAAUUUUCCUGGAGUUGACUUUAGUAAAAACAGAACGGAAAAUUUCGCUCUCAUGUGUUUGAACAAAAGUUUGAAUUAAGAAAGGGCAAAGAAAUGCACGGAGUUGUUGUUUGGUCAGAAUUUUUCACCAGUGAAACUUUUUCCUUUUUUAGUCGUGGCGGUUUCGAAAAUCAUGCAUUUUCCCUAGAAUUUUUCGAAUUAUCUUCGUCGCCUCAAGCAAGUUUUUGGCCGAGAGCGUUUAGGUCCAGGCGAUUACAUAGGAGUUGAACAAGCAUACAUAAAGAUAUAUGCAUAUACUUCAGUUUUCUUCGCGGUGGAGUCGAUUGAAACAUCCUUUGUGCCAAUCGGUGCUAAUCCGUCGUCUCUCGAACAACUCGAUUUAGGCCAUUGGAAUCGUCCAACCACACGCAGGAUCAUCUCAAUCGCCUUAAAAAAUUUUGCGACGACUUGCUUGAUAGCGAUCCUUCCACUAGAAACGCUUGUCUCCAUUUGACUAAUUGAGCGGAUUGGUUAAACCCUGUUUAAGUCAACGGGCUUAAGAAUUGUGGUUUUUUUGUAGAUACCACGGCAGAUGAGCAGAAUUUAUCUAAGAAAGCCACUGUGAUCUAUCAGGAUGAAAAACCCUCUCUUUCUGGAAACCUUCUACGUAAAGGUACACUUUCCUUCAAUCUUACAAAAACGAACAUUAUAUUCAUAUGAGAGGAAAUCUUAUUGAGUACUCAAUGUGGAAUAACUGGAUUCACCGGGAAUGGCAAAAAAUAGGAGUUUUUUAUUCGCAUAAGCAAGUAUGUUUGCAGAUCAUUUUUUAUACUGAUCUAAAUUUACUAUCGAAAAGGGGAUAAACUUGAAAAAUUGAACGUUUUUCAGUUUUUCUUAUCUGUGCCUUCUCUUUUAUUUGCUGUGGCCUGUUUCAACCUUUUUUCAAUAUUUUUGGCGGUUAUUGUUACCGUAUGUGGUUUAAGUUAAGUUUUUUGUUCUCUUCUUUUCUCCGAAAGGUUUUUCUCCGGUUACCCAGGUUUUUCUUUCAUCGUCAAAAACCAGCAAAUUCAAAUUUGAUCCGGAACGGACAAACGCUGGUCACGUUCUUACACAGUAAGAUCUCAUUAGGUUUUUUUUGUGUGAACAAUUUAGGGUUGCGUUGUGUAAUAGUAGCCAUUGUUAAGUUUGGUUUUGUAUGCUGGAGUUCGAAUAUUUUAUUCAUACCAAAAUGGCCGUUUUCACACUAGAGACAGAUUACCUAUCUGAGGCGUACGUAUAAUGUGUAGUUCCAAAAAAUAUCCAUCCCUACCACGGAGGGCAAUGGAAAUUCCGAGGGGAGGGGGUCCAAAAGGAAGUAAUUUCCGAGGGGGUGGGGGUUGCUUACAUAGGUUCUUUUCCAGAGGUUCUGAGUAAGGUCGGUGAGUUACUGAUAAAUAACAGCUUCUCUGUUUAGCAGACUAUCAGUUAUUUUACUAUUUCCGGUGUUUCAAUGCAAGUAUUAUGACUAAUGUCAAGGACAAAGACAAACCGGAGGACAGACAGGGAGCAGCAUACAAAGUCAAAUGCUGCGACUGCCAGGCUACUUACGUUGGUGAAACCGGCAGAAACCUUAGUACGCGACUGACUGAACACAAACGAGCGACGAGGAAUGGUGACGUCGACAAUCACAUUGCUGAACACCAUUUACAGACGAAACAUCAAAUCGACAGGGACUCUGCGACGUGUAUUACGUAUUCUACAGACUACUAUCAAGAGUUGAACUAGUUACAAGCAGCGAUCGUGAUUAUAGAUCCCAUGCCAUAUCAGAGCACUAUUUUUUUUAUAUAUAUAUUUUUGCGAAUUCAGCGAUGAAUUUGUCCAGGGAAAGCCAAAAUUUGAUCAUCAGUAGAGGUGAGCAAUGACACGGAGUCUGCAGGAAUCUUUGUCAAAGGUUCAAGGUCGAGAAAGCUUGAUUUUCCAAACAUAUGUAACCUUUUCCAUCGAUUUUCCAAAUAUAUGUAACGAUUAUUUCCUCGCCAAUGUUAUUGUUUCAUUUCUUUUGUUAUUUUGGUUCUCACCUCUUCUGUUCAUGUUCCUUUGGAUACUGUUUUAACCAAAUAUGACUAGUAAUAGUUGACACUACAGCUGCCCCCGCUCUGUAUAUAGUAUUCUUGCUCCUUGUGUUGCUCUUUGAAAUAUACCGAUUCAUAAUGAAGAUGUUCACACAUAUUCCAAACAAUAGGUGAGAUAAAUACAGGAAAUAAACGCAAGGUUCCAUGCACAGUUUCGGUUCAAUUUAACGUAAUUUAUGCAGCUUUGAUCAAAACAUUCUCAGUUUCGAGAAUAGUUUAUUCAAAACCAUAAGAAAAGAUUUAAUUAGAAGUUGAAUUUUUCGCUAUUUCUAUUUCACUUUUUACAUUUAGUUCAUUUCAUUUGGCAGAAAGUAAGCCUUAGAAAUAAAAAGGAUGUUUGAUCAAUUCACGCUCGCGCAUUCUAGUCUUAUUUUAAACUCUAUACCGGAAGGACAUCUGUGAGCAGGGAAUAAGUCAGCACAGAAUUUGAUGGUCGGCGAAUUUCUGUAAUCGUCCAUCGUUCUGCUAGUGAUAAGCUAGCCGCUGAAUCAUUCAAUCGUCUUGCUUGUUUUGGGCCGAGUCUUAUUCCGGUGAAAGAGAGAGAAAGUGUGUCUGGCAAGGUUCGAUUCCUCGCGGCCCCUGUUCAAGCAAAUCGAGAUUUUUUCUAUAUUGACUGUAUGACUGUAUAUUUCAACUGUAAGUACUUUCCUUAAUAUACGCACGAGUUACUAGAGUGCCUCCUCUGGAUUUUGUCUUCUGGGCGAAAUCCCUGCGGGGACAAUAAAAUAAUGUCAUAGGACAGGAGCCUAUCUCCUGCAUAGGAUAAGUAAAAGUUUGCUCAAAAAGAGGUUUUCUGUAAAAGAUCGAGGAUCGAAUGAAACACUAGGCAAGAUUGAAGCGGAUUUCUAGAUGUAUCCUACACGUACAUUUGAUUUCGGGUUGAGGUAAACACUUUUCAAACUGGCAAAAGUAGUGUCCAGGUCAGCGCCGUCCCGGGUACCCAAUCAAGUUGAAAAAUUACGGAAAUUCCAGGGGUGGUGGGGGGUAUUUCAAGCACCAUUCCAGGGGGGCUGGGAGGAUCUAAAGCAAAAAUGCCCUCCUUGGGGGGGGAGGGUAUGGAUAUUUUCUGGAACCACAAUCUGUCUUCAAAAUCCGUCAGUAUUGACUGAUAAACAUACAGAUAAAGUCCGACGAAUUAUUAAAACCGAAUUACAAUUGUAGUAACACCGUUCUGUUGUUACAUUAAGACGUAUUAUCACUCGGUUAACAUUUUUCUACCUUUUCAUUGGCCGUGCGCUCAAAACGUCACCUGCAAAUAACUGCCUACAAAUAAUGGUUUGCUCGAGCGCACUGUCGUCCAACUGUGUUUAGGUACAAAUUAUAUUCUGCGCGUGCGUAUAUGGAACCACGCUUUUCUCCUUUCUUGUGAUCGCUCAGGCUCAAAAAUGGCAGAUCGCUUCGUUUCUUCUGGUAUGUAGCGAUAAGAAUAUGUUGGUAAGACUGUGGUGUGUAUGCUCAGCGGCAUUGCGCGCCAAGAGUGUAGGGACUCUGUAAGUGUGUUUUGUGUGUGUGUGUGUGUGUGUGUGUGAGUGUGCAGAUGAACAUGGCAGAGACAGUUGUUUGAAUUUACUCUUCCAUUUACAUUUGUGAAAAACUUCUUUAAUCAUGGCGUUACCGACGGGUUAAAAAAAUAAUUUAAAGAUUGAUUAAUUGGUAAAUUAUCUUCGGGACAGUUAUUUAGACAAAAGCCUAAUUAUGUUGGUAUUUGCUGGAUUUAGUUUCAGGCACAGCAAAGAGAUCCAAGUCUUCAAAAAAAGCCAAAAGGCCAUUAUCUUCAAGUAAUACUCCAGCUCCAAAACAUCUGAGACUAGUGAGAGAUAAAGGUGAAGUUUUUCUUUUCAUUAUUUAGAGUAAGGGUUAGUAUUUUAUUGCAUGCAUAUGAGAGAGUAUAAUAAACUUUCUCGAUACAGCAUAUUAGGGCCUUGCGUCGUCGGUCUUACGUUUCCUGAGCGCGGCUUCAUAACCUGCAUACCUGACGAAAUACAGUGGUGGUGUUUUAGAUCACCUAAGCUAAAUUCUCGCAAACUACACAGGGUCUUAACCAUUAGGCGUUGGCCUGCAAGUAGUUGCAGAUCUAUUUCGAUCCUUCUCUUUUUUAUUUUCCCUUUGUCUUUCAUUUACAUAGCCAGCUUCCUUGCCCACCAUAUCGUCUUUUUUUUCGCAUGGAAUUGUGGCUGGCUAACUUUCCACAAAAGAGACAAAUUUAAUCUGAAAAGAGUAGAUGGAUUUCUCCCAAAAAAUGUUACUUGGUUCUUUGUGUAUAAUAUUUUUGUCAGGAUUGGUCAGAAUUUCCAAAAUGAGGUACCUGUGGAAAGAGCUAUCCUUGCUUACAACUGUAUGUUGCUUCAUGCAAAUAUUAUAAUUUAAUAGGAGAAUUUAGAAUGGACUUCCUUCUGACUGAGGGGAGACGAACAUGAAAAGCUUAAUCCAUUUGUAGUAUGAAACCUUUACAUGUAGGUUUGUUUUUUGGACUUAAAAUUCCUGAUCUUAUUGUUUCCAGCAGUAUGGGACAGCUCAGUUGUGAAAUUACUCAAAGCUGAAUACAAAAGGCGCUCUCAGUUAAGACCUCUUCUUUGGGACAGCACCAUCGAGUUACCCCUAGAGAAUGUCUACACGAGACUCAAAAUCAUUUCACGACGAAAAUUGGCCAUCCAGGUCAAAGAUGAUAAGGUGAAUGCUUUCAACAGCUUCAAAGCUCCCUUUAAAGGUAAGGAUGUCAUGACGCUAACUGACGUCUUGCACGAAAAUAGAGCAAAUGUGUUCGGCAGCUUCACUGUUCCCGAUAAAAUUGAGGAUGUCGUGUCGCCAGCAGAAGGGGGAAAUGCAGACGUCCUAAGAGAACGUGACGAGGUCAACGUAUUUGAAAUCUUCAAGACCCUUGAAAAAGGUGAGGAUGUUAUGACCCUAGUAGAAGGAAGUCCAGGAAUCGGUAAAACUACGUUUUGCCUCAAACUUGCUUGUGACUGGGCACGUGGAAAAAUCCCAACGGAGUGUACCUUUCCCAAAUUUGAAUUUGUAUUGCUCCUCAAAUGUCGUGACAUUGAUGGAAAUAUCAUGGACACCAUAAGGGAACAACUUCUGCCCAGAGAUAUCAACAAGGAGACUGUAGAGAAAUUGUUGCACUUCAUGGAGGACAUUCAUAACCAAGAGAAAAUUUUAAUCAUUUUGGAUGGUUUGGAUGAGCUGCCUAAAAAAUCCCAGCAUCAUGUGGAUGAGCUGCUUCACCGAAGAAUUUUACCUUUCUGUUAUGUUUUGGCUACUUCGCGACAAGAAAUAGGUAUUGAUGUACGAAAGAGAUUUGUCUUUGACAUUCAUUUGGAGAUCAAAGGAUUCACAGAAGGCGAUGCUUUUGAAUAUAUCAGAAAACAUUUCGCAAAUAUUGGUCGAGGACAUUCACCAAAGGGAGAGAGACUCAUAACAGAAAUAAAAGACAACGAGUUUUUGCAUGCUCUCCGAAGCAACCCCCUUAAUUUACUCCUUCUCUGUGUAAUCUAUGAGGAUUAUGAGGGAAAGCUGCCAUCAUCCCGUUCUAGGCUUUAUCAAGUUAUUGUCCUUUGCCUUUUAAGACGAUACUGCGCUAAACACAACCUGCAAGCCCCCGAAGGUGACGACGACCUAGAGAGGUAUUUUGAGAAGGACAUACUUGCGCUAGGAGAGCUAGCUUGGAUGUGCCUGCUGAGUGAUCGUCAUGGUUUCCGUGAAAAUGAAUUAGCAGAGCUUGAAAGAAGAUACAAAGGAUUGGUAUCCCGUCACAUAGGCCUAGUUUACAAGGAAGAAAGUCUGAAGAGGUUAAAACCUCAACAUGAGUACUACUUUCUUCACAAAACCUUCCAAGAGUACUUGGCUGCGGCAUAUGUUGCGCACAAAUUGCGAAGAAAUCAAUUGAAUUUGUUUGAACGUUUGAGCUUUGAUGAUUUGGUGCAUAAAUAUCGUCAAGUGUUUCUUUUUGUGUCUGGUAUACUGGGGAUGGAAGCCAGCGUUCUAUUCGCCCAUAUAGGUGAAGAGCUGAAGAACCGGGGAGGAUGGAACUGGAGCGAGUGCAGGGUCCUGAACACGCGUGAUAUUGCUGGUAUUACUGUUUUUCCUCGUCGGGAUGAACUUUUAAACCCUGGUUUAGCAACAGCAACUUUUCUUACUGAAAGCUUCAAUGAAAGUGGACAUGCUGAAAAAAUGGCAGUUACUCUUUGUUCCUAUAUACCCUUCCCACCGCAAGUUGAUGCUGACCUCUCCAAUGAAAUGACGUGCAAUAUAUUUCACGUUUUAGAGGCAUGCAAAAGUUUUUGUAAUUUACAGAAGCCUGUUAAUCUCACCAUUCGUGCCAGAAAACAUGACAUAUUUGGCUAUCAGAGAAUUGCAGGGUACGUACAAUCCUGCCCAAAGACACAGAAACUUAACCUUUUCACCCCUACAAUUACAUUAAACCUAGCCAACGCGCUAAACGAUGGCUUAUUUGGAAACAAUACUUUAUCACAGUUUACCCUGCAAAUAUCCGACAAUAUCCCUUGCAACGCAGCUGUUUUAAUCGGUGAAUUAUUAGCUGCUCGCAGAUCCUUGAGAAAAGUAACGUUUCAACUUGACAGAGUGUGGGGUGAGACUUGGGCCAGUGCUAUUGAACCAGCUUUGUUUGUGGACACUCCUUUGAAUUCUGUGGACCUCCAGGUUCGUGGAUCAUUGAGUGAUACUGCGGUCCAUGGUUUAAGAAAGCUUUUAUCAAAUAAAGCGUUGGCCUCAUUUUCCCUUAAUAUCUCUGGAGAUGUGCAGGUAUUGGUAACUGCUGUUAUUAGCAGAGGAAUUGCGCAACAAACCGCCCUCAAGUCAUUCGCUUUUAGCGUUGACGGCAACCUUAGUCUCUCUAAUGUGAAUGCUCUUCAAAACAGUCUUCUAGAAAAUCGUUCUUUAAGUGAUUUAGCAUUGACUCUUCGUGGAGAGAUUCCUGACAACUGGCAGUCUGUUGUGGAAAAGCUUCGUUCAGUAAAGAAGGGGUCACUUAACUGUACACACUUAAAAUUAAAGUGUAAUAUUACUCCAAAAAAAAGUGUAAAAUCUUUGCCAGCCCCGGCAGCCUUUUUUUUCUGUGUAUUAUUACACAUUUUAUAAUAGUGUAAUUUAACACACAACUAGAGGUUAUAUUUACACACCAGUCAGUGUAAUGUGAGUGGUUUACACUUUGGUCAAGUGUAAAAUUGCAGUUCUUAUAAGUGUAAUAAAAUACUAAUAGAAGAGUAAUAUUACACUGAAUGAUAGUGUAGUAGCUUUGCCAGCCCCGGCAGCCUUUUUUUUCUGUGUAUUAUUACACAUUUUAUAAUAGUGUAAUUUAACACACAACUAGAGGUUAUAUUUACACACCAAUCAGUGUAAUGUGAGUGGUUUACACUUUGGUCAAGUGUAAAAUUGCAGUUCUUAUAAGUGUAAUAAAAUACUAAUAGAAGAGUAAUAUUACACCGAAUGAUAGUGUAGUAGCUUUGCCAGCCCCGGCAGCCCUUUUUUUGUGUGUAUUAUUACACAUUGUCCAAUAGUGUAAUUUGACACGCAACCAGAAGGUUCAUUUACACACCAAACAGUGUAACUGUGAAUGGUUUACACCUUGGUCAAGUGUAAAAUUGCACUUCCCAUAGGGGUAAUAAAACAUUAACAGAAAAGUAAUAUUACAUCAAUUUAUAGUAUUAGGCAAAAAUUACGCAUUUGAAAAAUAUAGCAAAUCACAUUUUUAAUCACUGAAUAAGCAGCUAGACUUCUAGCAAUAAGUAAAAAUGAAAGGUCAAGUGUGCAAGCCAUGGUGCGUACUGUCUAACUGCUUAGGCAGGAGUGAUGCAUACUGUCCUAUCACAAAUCAGUGCUUAGGUCUGACCCGGAUGAGGUUCAAGGUUUGAGCUGCAAGGUGGUACCGGCAAAGAUAGUUAGCAGGACAUCUUCCUCUCCAAUUAUUAGUUUUUUUCCAGUCAUGGUGUAAUGCCUUUCCCACAGUAAAAAUGGAUGGCCGUGCAUCUUUUUUGCUUCUUCUAGAUAUUGUCCUCUUGUGGCUGCAACCUGCGUGACAAACGAAAUUGAAAAAAAAAAAAAAAAACAAGACUUGGUUUAGUCGAUAUUAAAGUGUUCUUAAUUUAUUUUAUCGGUCAUGAGGGUUGAAAAUUGGACCGAGUGUUUUAGAGUUCCUUCUAAUUGAAGUAACACAAUAAUGCUCUCUUGACAAACAUGGUUAAGGUAAACUACUUAAAUUAAAUUUCAUUUACAAAAUAAUCACAUAUUAGGUUUAAGAUGUAAAAAGUCUUAACAAUCAAGUACAUUUUUCCUCCUCUACAAAACAAAACACAGCUUCAGAUAUUCAAUUCAGAUAUCAAAUCACAAAUUAAAAUAACUCAAAACAUUUGUUAUUCCAUCCAUGACCCCCAGUAACACUAUAGGGGAGCCAAACCACCUGACUGAGUCAUAAGUCAAAGGAGGGCAUGAAAAUUACCACCUUGCAUAACUGCCUGGCCGGUGGACCAGAGCCAUGAUGAAAACAAAACACACUAUUAGACUUUAUAACUUGGUAACGAAACAAAAGCUUCACUGGUAUACAAUUCAGAUAUCCGAUCACAAAAUUACUCAAAAAACAUGUUUUAUUCCAAUCCAUGACCCCCAGUAACAGGCGGGCAAAACCACCUGACUGAGUCGUUAGUCAAAGGCGGGCAUAACCACCUUACAAACUGCCUGGCCGGAGGACCAGGGCCAUGAUGAAAACAAAACACACUAUUAGACUUUAUAACUUGGUAACGAAACAAAAGCUUCACUGGUAUACAAUUCAGAUAUCCGAUCACAAAAUUACUCAAAAAACAUGUUUUAUUCCAAUUCAUGACCCCCAGUAACAGGCGGGCAAAACCACCUGACUGAGUCAUUAGUCAAAGGCGGGCAUAACCACCUUACAUAACUGCCUGGCUGGAGGACCAGGGCCAUGAUGAAAACAAAACACACUAUUAGACUUUAUAACUUGGUAACGAAACAAAAGCUUCACUGGUAUACAAUUCAGAUAUCCGAUCACAAAGUUACUCAAAAAACAUGUUUUAUUCCAAUCCAUGACCCCCAGUAACAGGCGGGCAAAAUCACCUGACUGAGUCAUUAGUCAAAGGCGGGCAUAACCACCUUACAUAACUGCCUGGCCGGAGGACCAGGGCCAUGAUGAAAACAAAACACACUAUAAGAUUUUAUAACUUGGUAUCAAAACGAACGCUUUACUAUACAAUUCAGAUAUCCGAUCACAAAAUUACUCAAAAAACAUGUUUUAGUCCAGUCCAAGACCCCCAGUAACAGGCGGGCAAAACCACCUGACUGAGUCGUUAGUCAAAGGCGGGCAUAACCACCUUACAUAACUGCCUGGCCGGUUGACCAGAGCCAGGAUGAAAACAAAACACAGCUAUACGACUUUAUAACUUGGUAUUGAAACGAAAGCUUCAGAUUCAAUUCAGAUAUCUGAUCACAAAAUUACUCGAAAAACACGUUUUAUUCCAAUCCAUGAGUCCCCUGGAAACAAGCGGGCAAAACCACCUGACUGAGUCGUUAAUCAAAGGCUGGCAUGACCACCUCACAUAACCACCUCGCCGGUGGACCAGAGCCAUGAUGAAAACAAAACACAGGUAAAGUAAUGAAAAUGAUAUUAAGCCUUUUUAAGUCUCGUGCAAUUACACGUUUUUGUAUGCGAAAUCACAUAUAAAAAUUGGACAAGCUUAAUAUAUUUUUCUGGUUUGGAUUUAUCUCUAUUCUACAUAUCAUUGAUACUUCUGUUCAUAUUUGAAAAGUGUACACUUUUUUCUACGUAUUACCACAGGUAGACCAUCCGAACUGUUCGAGGGAUCGUGAUGUCACGCGCAACAUGUGAUCCCGUAUAUUUACUGUAUUUUGUAAUGCCCGCACUCGGCUUGAUUCAAGUGAUCGGUAGAAAUGCUUCAUAAAACACAGAAUUUUGCACCUUUUGAUCCCAAAUGUUGAUAUAAUGUACCCAGUGGCUAUUCGUGCGUGACCCGCACACCAAAGUGUAUUUGCUAUUCAUACGGGAUCAAGUGUCUUCUUGAAAUUUAUAUGAAAUUUCUAAGUCUCUUGAAAUUUCUGGUCAUUAAAUUUCCAUGAAAGUGUAAGUCUUUUCAACAAACGUUCAAUUUUUAAGGAAAAAAAAAUUCAGUGGCAAAUUCUAAAAGGAAAAACAAAUUCGAUGGGGUAAGAUAUGGAUUGAGAACCGAUCCCAGGACGUAGAAUUUAGUAUGUGGCCUAACCACUCUACCACGGGAUACUCUCUGCUAGAUGGAGUUUCAUUUUCAUUCAUAUAGCAACAACCGUAACCCUAAAUAGAAGCUAACCGUUUCGAGUCAGUGCUUAACCCUAAUCAGCAUGGUCAGUGCUUAGCCCUAAUCACUAUUUUCAUUGCUUAACCCUUGUUAGUGCUUAACCCUAAUCAAUUUACUCAGAAUCCCGUAUAAAUAGCAAAUACAAGUCGAUGUACGGGUCCGGUACGAAUAGCCACUAGGUAUAAUGUAAGAAAAAUAAAUAAAGAUAACUUACAUUAUAUCAACAUUUGGGAUCAAAAGGUGCAAAAUUCUGUGUUUUAUGAAGCAUUUGUACCGAUCAUUUGAAUAGUAAAUGUAUGGAAUCAAAUGUUGCGCGUGACAUCACGAUCCCCCGAGUUCAGGUGGUACGCUUGUAAUACACGUCUUUUGUUUGCAAAGAGCAAAACCACUCGAAUUAAAAGUAAUUGUAUUCGCUAUAAAUAUUUAAGCUUCAAUUUGUGUCUGCAAAAACAACAAGGUGAUACAAUGCAGUCUUCGCUGUUGACGUCAUGUCACGCGACCUUUUGGCGGUUAAAAGCAAACGAACAACCAACGGCAAUAUUCACAAAACAUUUCAGUCAGCUUAUAUCCAGUAUUUAUAUUUCUAAUGUUAGUCGUAUAUAUCUGUCUCCUCUCAGGCUGUUCUCCUAACAAGCCUAAACAAAAAUUUGAGGCGAAAUAGCGAGGUUAUCUUAAUUUCGAGAUUUCAAAGCUAAACACCAAACAUAUGCGCUUUUCAUAUCGCAUCGCGCUCUCCCACAGUAGGAAAACCGCUCAAGGUGUUGCAGUACGGUAAAACAAUACUUCAAAAGCCUCAAGAAAUCUAGGGCCAGACUAUAGUUUUAACAUAAAACUCAGAAAUUACGGAAAGUAUACUCACCUCGAAAUGCGAAAUGCGCCGUCGUAAUCUUUGAACAUGUUUGAAUGCAUGGUUUUUGCUCUCUUCUUAGCAGUCAUUUGGAGCCUCCAUCAUCCUUUGCUCUAACAAUCGGCCCUACACCCUUGUUAACUUGAAAUCAAUGAAGACUUUGAGUUAAAAUCUUCAAAUUUACGGCGCUUAAUGUUAGUACAACCUUCGUGGAGGACGGUUGGAACAAAAGAUGAAUACAAACGGUAUUCAAGUGUCUUUAUCGGCAACAUCAUCGAUCCUGAUUGCACGAAAAUUCGCGCCCUGUCACUUAAGCUCCUGGUGACUGACUAAUGAUACGUGAUCUUUGGAUCGGCCAGAUGGAAAACCUGGACUGGACUCUGGACUGGACUCUGGACUGGACUCUGGACUGGACUCUGGACUGGACUGGACUGGUUUUUUAAGGGGUGUAUUUUUUUUUCUAGCCUCCUCUCUGCCUUGCAUGGCUAUUCAGUGCGGUAGUUUGAAUAUGUAUAUUUCACCGAUUCUUGUUUUUUAAGCUAUUCCACUGUAUGCCACCGAAUUGUCCUGCUUUCAAUGCCCGGGGGGGGGGGUACUCCCAUGCAUUACCUAUAAGGGUAUGUGCCGCCCAAAGGGGUCGUCAUUUUCAAGCUCCUGAUUUAGAACGGGGUAUCCAUUUCAGACGCGUUUUCUAGAACGGGGUAUAAUAUUUCGAACGCACGAAAGCUCGAUCCACCUUUGUAAGCAGCCAUUUGAAAGUAUUCAAGGACAUCAAACCGUUGUACUCUUGUUGCACCCUAGAACGGAGUAUAAAAAAUUGGCCCAUUUCUAGAACGGGGUAUCAGUUUUAGGGCGAAUUCUAGAACGGGGUAUCAAUUUUAGGGGAAAAUUUUUUUUAGAACGGGGUGCCAAUUUGGAGUCCUGGGCGGCACAUACCCACCCAAAAGAUACCCAAGUGCCCCCCCCGGUUUCAAUGAAGCAGAAACGCACCAUGAAAUUCUAAAAGACAAGUCAUCGAUAAUCACUGACACCGGAAAUCGUGACCUAGGUACGUAGAGUGAUAUUAGAUGGUUGAUGCUACAACGUUCUGCAGCAAAACCUCAAAUUAUAUCACUGCAGAAACCUGAAACACCCUGAAACACGACCAAAAACCAACACUUAUCGGCGCAGUUGAUGUGGGAUAUUAAAUAGGAAGUCAUGUAGCGAAACUAAUUUUGUACACUAAUGUGCAUUUCAAACAGAAAUCAGAAGUGUCUGCAGCAAAAAACUAACUUUCACAACGGCUUCAGCGAUUAUUUCCUAUUAAAAUCGAAAAGGGUAGCUUUUAUUCACGAACAGCGAUGAGAUGGUCGGGCAAGAAAUACGACCCUCGACAAAAAGAUAGACCCAGUUUCUUGCACGUACCAGCCGCCCCAAGGGGGUUUUGUUGGUUUUGUUUCAUCAUCUCCUCCUCUUCGUCUUUGGCCUGAAACCUUUUUGUUGUUGUUGUUUUCUUUCUAUGUUUACGGUUUUCUUUCUCGUACCUUUUUGUUGUCUUUGUAGUGGUAGCCUCCAAUAGGAAGGAGUGGAACUCCGGGGGAAUACUCCUCUUCCUCCCAGGACUCAAAUUGGUGCGGUUUAUUUGUCUUCUGUCACAAGGAAAAGGAACACUUUAGUAAAAUAGUUUUUGUUUGCUGUAUGCCAUGGAAAACCGUAGAAUAUGAAACCCCCCCCCGGGGGGGGACUCCCAUAUAAAAAUGAGGGGGGUGCUCGUCGUACCUUUUACCGUCAUUUUUAUAUGGGAGUCCCCCCCCCCCCCCGGGUAGGAAACCUGACAGUGGGAACGCAUGACCACUGCGCUAAGCACUCCAUGCCAGGGCCAUGGUCUAUAGGCUAGCCCAUGGUCCACGCUAUGUGCUACCCUAUGGAUGACCCUAUUCUUAUUUUCUUUUUAUAAUAAGUAAUAAUUAAUCAGAGAGAGAAACAGAACGCAAGCAGUAUACUGCGAGACAUAUGGUUGUCUUGCGAGAUUUUACGAGAAGUUUCUUCAUUUUACUGCGAAAAUCUCGCAAAUAAACUACCUGUUCCAUCUAACGUCUGCGACUACUCUCUUAUUUUUCUUUUAGUUAGUAGGCGAGGAAGCGCGCGACCCAGAAGAAAAAUUACGAGACUGCUCGCAUUCUAGACUAAAUACUCAAGACCAAAACAGGAUGUUGAUCAUUGAGCUGACACUUCGUACCCCAGAUACCGGAAGUUUUCUCGCGCGAGCCUUGCGAGGGUCCAUGUCGAGGGUAACAAAAUAAAUGAAAAUAACAAAAUGAAUAACAAAAUGAAUAAAUAAAUAACAAAAAAUAAAUUUAAAAAAAUUCAAUUACAAAUUUAACCGUUUAACAUGCAAACGUUAAACGGGUGUCGGGAGAAGGUGGAAGGUGGGGGAGAAGGGGGGGUGUAUUGUCGGACACCUGAAAUAGCGGCAUAAAUAACAGAACAGUCACUUGACUGUCGAAAUUGACAACGGAGGAAUUCAACGAGCUCCACGCAGCUAUAAAGCGUAGCGAAUGGAUGCUAACAUCACAGCCUUUACUGAGACAAACUUCAACUUUGUGAAAGUUGAAUAGCUUUAUUUUAAAGCUUCAACGCUCUCUGCUAAACUUUGAUCUACAAACGUCAAAUAUCCUGCAACAACGAGAACCUAAAAUAGCUGGGCCCAGCGUGACAAAUAUAGCAGGAAAGAUACAACAUAAUUUCAGAUCUUGUCAUUUCAGAGAGAAAAGCUAAAAAAGUUAAAAACUUUCUUACAUAAAAAACAACAUGCCAGAUAACGGCGUCAAAAACACAGCCGUCAGGCAAAAUAGGACGCUUAAAAGAGGUCAAAAGCUACAACAGCAAACUCCACGGGAAACCAUAACAAACAGACUUGACCUCUAGUCCUUAACACGCGGCAUUUGAAAGGUUUAAUACUCAGUCGACACUAAAAUCCUCCAUAACAAACUAAAUGUACGACUACGAUACCCGUUCAAAAGAUAUAGAAGGAGCAAAUGGCAUUAUAAACAUGAGGUAAACGUCUGUGUAGGCCUGUCACGAACCUUUAACCACUCCCUAACAGAAAGAAAACGCUUACCUGACGCUUGCCCUCCUUUUUAAACAUGCGGGGGAAUCCUGGUGUUGUCAUUUCAACUGCUUCGUCAUCGCUUGAACUAUCCACCUACAGAGGGAUCACAGUAUUAUUUUCUAUGGUCAGUCUGUAUAACUUUCUUAACACAACAGAUUCCAAAUCUCUGGAUUUACCCCAACAUUACGCACCAAACAGAAUGAGACAAUAAAUACCUUUACAAUUUUGCGGGAUUUUUCCAUGGCAAUAACCAUUGCCUCCUCCUCGUCCUCCACUUGAUAACUCCUCCACCAACUGUUUGAUUCUUCACAUUGUCCUCUUACCGCAUCAGCGAACGUUUUGUUUGAGGAAUCCAUAUUUUCGAAAGAAGUUGCAAUGGAAAGCGCAUGCAAAUAAUUAUGCUGUUUCACAAUGAAAGGAGUUUUGAUAACCGACACCGGAAAUCGCGUCCAGGUAGCGGCCAAUCACUUGGUGUGUAAUGGAAUAUGUAUGUCAAACUAAAGACUCGCUUAAAGUUUACAUGACAAUUUUUAAACCCCAUGUUGUGAAAACCACAGUGAAAAUCACAGUGAAAACCAGCAAUCAUUGCGAAGAUAAACAUACGAAUUGUCGGAUCUGGGCAGCCUGAUUUGUCGACAUUAUUUUCCCAUCGUGUAGUCUCCUACGCAGCCGUUACUUGUCUCGUCACGCAACGCUCCUCCCCACUAGGAGACAUCGUGGGGAAAAAACAAAGGUCAACAAAGUUAGGCGAUAAUGAGAAAUGACAGGAAUGUGACCUACGUGUAGCCACCCACAUAACAUUGUCGAAAGAAAACGAUUUUCGCAAACAAAUAAAGAAACCAAAAAAAAGUAAAAAAAAUCGAGUCCAAAGUCCAGUCCAAAGUGCAGCCCAAAGUCCAGUCCAGAGUCCAGUCCAGAGUCCAGUCCAUGUUUUCCAACUGCCCCUUUGGAUCUGCUGCGGCUUUUGACUCAGUCACGUAAUUUAUGUUGCUGUAAAUUUCCUCUUCGAGAACACGCGGAAAAGGAACUGCUUCGGAACAUGGUCUGAAUUGAAUCGAUGAAUCGAAGACAAUGGACAAUGAAGAAAAAAAAAAAAGAAGAAGAAGAAGAAAGAAACAUAGUGUUACAUUUCUCAGGAAAGAUAGAAACCCGCACAAAUGACAGUCCUGUCAAUGGAGUGAUGCAUCGUUAGCGGUUUAGGUCAUUUCAUUAAUUUAGCUUAUACACCUUGCAAUUUACACAUGUACACAAAUGCAGUUGCGUGAAUUUCGUACGAUAUAUCUGAAAUGAGACCUUAGACUGCAGCUGAAGUAUAUUCCUGUUACAUGUAAAACUAGCGGCUCAGAUAACUUAUUCACGCGAUGAAGAUUUUCUUGUUUCGAUAUCUUUUUUUUAAAAAAAGAGAGUGGGUGUUUUAUUCUAUAAACGUAUACCGUACUUAUUCGAUUAACCGCCCUGGGCGCUUAUUAAAUUUUUGGACCUUGAGAGUGGGCGCUUAUUCGAGGUAGGCGCUUAUUCGAGGCUGGGCGCUUAUUAAAUUUUCAGCAAUUUCAGCAAAUGAAGUAUGUUUAUUUUGCAACAAAACAAUAAAUGCUAAUAACAAAACGCGAAGAAGUAACGAAGCAAGGUUUCUGUAAAAUACUCUGAAGAAAACUCCGUUCUCGGGAAAGUCUCUUAUUAAAAUUUAUUCACUCAAGUGGGUGGAGUGAGGGUGAGCGCUUAUUUGAGUUUGACUGGGAGGAGGAGGGGGUGGGCGCUUAUUCGAGGCUGGGCGCUUAUUAACUUUUUCUGCCUUUAGGAUGGGCGCUUAUUCGAGGUGGGCGCUAAUUCGAGGUUGGGCGCUUAUUCGAAUAAAUACGGUAAGUGCACAUGUGAGUGCAUAAUUACCCCCUCUGUGGUAUACAUUUACCCUAUAAGUAAAUGUUAAAAAUACCUUUUGUUUCAGCUGAACGUGGUGUAAAAAUACUCAAAAUAACGAGUAUCACCACGCCAUAAUUUCUGUGUAGUGUUUUACACCAUAAAAAGUGUAACUUUAUAAUUUUUCUUUUGUAACAAUACACUUCAAUUUUAACACUUUUAGUUGGUGUUAAAGUACCCGAAAAAACGAGUAACACAACACUACAAAUAGUGUAAUAUUACUCUGUGUUAUUAGUAUACUCUAACACCAAUAGGUGUGUUUAAUUCUAUAAGUUUAUUAGUGUAAAAUUACCUUUACUAUGGUAUACAUUUACGCUGUAAAAACGGGUAAAAUGUACACCGUACCCUGCGUGUAAUGUUACAAUAGAAAAAAUUGUAAAAGUAUACCUUUAACUGUGUAAUAUUAUCAUGUUAAGAGUACCACCUCUUUUACACUAAAGUUUGCGUAAAAUUACCCGACAUAAAGCGUAACACAACACUGAAAAUUCUGUGUAACGCUUUACUCGUUAAAAAGUGUAGUAUUACAAAUUUUCCUUUGUAACAUUACACUUUAAUUUUAAGUGUGUACUUUUUAUCCAGACCCAGGCAGCAGUGUUAAAUGUAAUCAAGUGGCGCAUUUUUGUCCUGCUGUGGUCGAGAAGGGGCUAGAAACAAAACAACACUUUACUGUAAAUCUUUGGGGAGAGCUGAAGUGUAGUGGAGCAGAAGCUUUAUGCGAGAUCUUGGUGCCUGUCCUCCUGACAAGCCUGACUUUGAAAGUACAUGGAAAUUUAAGUGAUGGUGUUGCUAAUAUUAUUAAAAGAUACAUCGGACGACAAAAUACACUGUCCUCCGUAACAAUCGAUAUUUGGGGAGAGUUGGCCCCGGGGACAGGAACCCUACUUCAGGAACUAUCAGAUAAAAACGUAACUGUUCAAGUAAAAGAGCAUGGCGUCUCUGUUGUUCCUAAGGAAGCGUGUAAUGCUCUUGAUGUCUGUAUCGACAAUGCUGCAUCGCUGACACCAAUGUUCUCUGAAGUUAAGAAUACCAGGAAGGAGAGGAUCACUCUUAAAAUAAUUAACGACGAUACAGUAAUUAGUGACUGGCCACGUCUGCUAGGUGAUGCUUUGGCGGAAAGCACAUCGCUAACCACGCUGGAUCUUACAGUGAGCAACUACACAAUGAAUCCAGGAAUUUGGAAAUACCUCGGGGAUAGUUUGCUGCGGAGUUCUUCAUUAACAGUCUUAAGUCUUACAAUCAGCAACUACAGUAACAUGGCAGAAGGCUGGGAAUGCACGCUGGUCAACAGCUUGGCUAAAAUGGCGUCAUUAACUACACUUAGUCUCUCAAUUGACGAUCGUGGCGGAGGGGUGAAAUUUGGAGAAGAUUUGAUGGUGGUGAAGUCCUUGUCUACACUUUCCGUCGUAAUCAACGGUAGUAAGUUAACUGACUUUUGGGGUAAAUUUCUGAGAAAAUGUUUGGAUGAAUGCAAUUCACUUACAAAACUCUGCCUUACAAGCAACGACUACACAGAUAGUCCUUACGAUGCCACUCUCUUGAUCGAUUCAAUAGAAAAACGUGUGAGUUGGCAAGAAGGUCUCGCGUUUGGACUGGCAUAUACCUCAUCUUUAAAGGAGCUGGUCAUUACGAUUAACCACAUCACCCGUACUUAUGUUGACUUGGAAGCGAUUUUCAUUGGACCACUCUCAGUGAACAAUUCAAUAGCGUCCCUCACUGUUAUUGUCAGUGAUUACGAAUUCUCGAGCUGUGAAUUGUGGGUAGCCUCUCUGAAAUGUUGUAUAGCGCAAAACAAGUCGUUAACUACACUCACUCUGACACUAAAUGACUACAGUGACGGUCAACAGCAUGGCAGGCUUUCUCGAGGUAGACGUGAUUGUGAUUUCCCAGAAAACACCUCAUUAACUGAACUCAAUCUGACAGUCAACAUCCGCCGUGAAGUAAGUGAAGACUGGUUACCA